GGAAAACGUGCAGGUUUGAAUUUUUUUUCAAAAUAUACGGUGAUAUCAAAUAGCGAAAUAAGGGCCCGCAAUAUGAUUAAAAUAAGAAAGGAUAGAAGGUCUGGGCUUCCUAACGCUUGUUCCGAGAAAUAUCUGCACCAAGCGCUCCUGUGCUGGUGUUCAUCACUUGCGCACUUGAGCGUCAUGGACGAGGAAGGGGAUCUCGCCGCCGGCCCUUGGACCCGACCUGGGAGCAGGCAAGGAAAUUGUUCAUCUCUUUCUUCUUGGGUGAUUUGCCAUUUCUCGUGAGUAAUUAGUAAAAAACUGAUGUGGUUGGAGUGAGCACGUUGCCGGCGAGGAUGCUGAUCCUGUGCCGGCGCAAGUCCUCCGCGCCACUGCAGCCGCCUCCGGAGAAGGUGCUGCAGCAGUACCUCGAGGAGCAGCUCAUCGCGCUGCUCAUCAAGGGGCCGGUUGCUAAGCGCCUCGCCGUCGGCGACCCCGAUGCCGAGAAAUCCGGCCGCGGGGAGGGGUUGGGAACUGGAUGCGGAGCACCUGAUGCGUACACCGUCCAUGGCCUCCGCUGCUACGGGCCACGGCGGAUCAGGCACCUCCUUCCGGCGGUCGGACCUCCGCCUUCUCGGCGUCAUGGGCCGCUCGCGCCCAUCCCAUCCAAGCCGGCCGAACUGCUGCCUUUCCUCUCCAACAAGAGUACCCCCAUUUACUCUUGGCUCACCACCCGGAGAAAAUGCAAUGGCAGGACUCGUCGUCCGCGCGGUACAUCCUGCACUACUACACUUACCAUUUUUUGUUUGUUUGUGGUAAUUAUUGUCCUACCAUGAUCCAACUAGAUUCAAAAGAUUCGUCUCGUCGUGAACAUCAUAAUUAUGCAAUUAUUUUUUUAUUUACCUACAUUUAAUGCU